CUUUUUAUAAUAAGAUAAAGUAUAUUUGAAAAUAAUAGAAAGAUAUGCAUACAGAAAUUUAGCGAUUCGUAAAAGGAGCCAUUUCAAUCUCAGACAGUAUACUUUCAGAAACAUACGCUAGAUGGCUCUGAUUGAAAACAAAUAUUUAUAAUAAGUAAUCCAGCUAUCAUCCUUUACAACUUUUUUUUAUACUCUUUUUCAAUUACUAUUAAAAAGAGAGACAAGUGAGAUUAGAGUGACAGUAAAGAACAUUACAGUUAAUAGUUGAAUAUUUUCGUUAUAUAUUAAUUAGCCAACUGAUGUAUCAUGUUCAAUAAAGAAGUUUAUAAAGAUAAAGGGUUAAAGUAAUCCGUGAUAUAAUUACUAAGAUCGUUGUCAUAACAAAACAAAUCGUAUCCGGUCUUUAACAAUUUUCAGUGAAAAAGAAAAACAAAGUAUACGAUGUAUAAAACUUCUCGUAUAAGUUUUUUUACAAAAUUGAUAUUGUAUCUAGACUUAAAACUUCGAUAAAUUUCUGUGAUAAAUAACAUUGUUUUGAAGAAAAUAAUUUGAUUAAAAUGUUACAUGAAAUUUUAGUGUCCCUUUGGGGUUGUUCAACCAGUUUGAUGGAAAUGCUCGAAAUUGAUUCUAUAGAUUUAGAUAAAUAUUUCCAUCCUGGAGAACGUGCCUUAGUUAAGAAAAUUAUUGAUAUUGUCAAACAAUGUAAUACAAUUCGAGAGUUUAUUAAAAUACAUACAUGUGACACCAAUGAAACUGAACCACAAGAUAUAGAAGGGCUUUAUCUUCGAGCUCUUUGCGAUGGGAUGAAUCAAGCUUUAGAACCUUUUCAUCAAGAUGUUAUAGAAUUAGAAAAUACUAUUUUAACUAACAGUUACACACCUGUAUCUUACAUACUUUGUCAUGUACAAAAACAUGUGUGCUUAUUUUCUGUUUUGAACUCCAUUAUACGUGAAAUAAAAACACAAAAACUCCAUGGUUGUAAAUUAAUACAAUGUCUGCAUCAGCAUAUGCAUACUGGUAUACCUGAAGUUGAAGUAGCAUUAGAAAAGAUGAUACAUUGUGUACAUGUAGUUUUUUAUAAACAGUUAACAAGUUGGCUUUUAUAUGGGCAUCUAGAUGAUGUAUAUCAUGAAUUUUUUAUUCAAAAAGUAUCUGAUGAUGAGAACAGUUCAACAUCUACAGAAAAAAAAAGUAAUAUAGAUGGUUACGAAGAAACAAAUAAUAAAAAGUGUAGCUUGGAUAUGUGGGAUUAUGAUAUUCAAAUAGAUAUGCUUCCUUCUCAUAUCGGACUAUCAGUGGCAACAAAAAUUUUAACUAUAGGACAAACUAUUAUAAUGUUUGGAAAUGAUCCAAGACAAAAGAAAGAUUUCAGUGUAGUCACUAAAACUGAUAAUUCUAUAUGGGGUGAGAAAGAAUAUGAAUAUUUUCGAAAACUUCAAAAUCUUCAAUCCAAACCAAUUUUUAAUAUUGUCGAAUUUGAAAGGACGAUCGACGAAUUAAAACAAUGUGUAACUGAACUAUUAUGGCAAGUUGCAGUCGAAGAAGCUCAACUUCUACAACAGCUUAAAUCGAUGAAAGACUUCUAUUUAAUGGGACGUGGCGAUUUAUUUAGAGAAUUUAUUAGGCUGACAGCACAUAUUCUAAAUAAAACACCAACAAAUCAUACAUCUAGAGAUAUUAAUCUUGCUUUUCAAAUAGCAAUAAGAAAAAUGCAUUUAAGUGAUGAAAGUACUAUGGAUAGCUUUAAUUUCACUGUACCAAUUCCAGAGACUAAAACUGAUAAUGAUGAUGAUUUGAUUGGAUGUAAUGAUUUUUCAGAAAAAGAACUCGAAGAUCCUAUUGAAAAACGUGGUUGGGGACUAAUAAUUCUAAAAUAUAAAAUUGUUUGGCCACUACAUUUAUUAUUUAGCCCAUGUGCAUUGAAUGAUUAUAAUACCUUAUUCCGAUUUUUAUUAAGGGUGAAAAAAACACAAAUAGAUUUAUGGAAUUUAUGGAGCGAACAUAUGCAACUUAAAAAUAUCGAUAUUGGUGUGAUUCAAUUACGAAAUAACUUGAUCUUCAUUGUCGAUAACUUACAGUAUUAUUUGCAAGUGGAUGUAUUAGAGAGUCAAUAUGCUAUAAUGGAGGGAAAUGUGAAAAAUACUAAAAAUUUUGAAGACGUACAAAGAGCACAUUCUAUUUUUUUGGCCAAUGUUAUGUCACAGACUUUUUUAGCAGGCAAUGUUAAAGAGAGAAAGAAUCCAGUAAAUAAAUUGAUACGUCUUUUGUUAAGACUUUGUGAUGAUUUCAUUCUCCAAGCAUCUACGUGGGAAGUUGCUAAUUUGCUUCUAACAGAAAAAGAAGAAUUAAAAACACUUUCUGAUACGCUCGAUUGUUUAAUGGACUGGUUGACUAAAACACUAAAUCGAGUUCGUUCACAACCUAGUGGUGAACAUUUAGCUCAAUUGCUAUUGAGACUCGAUUUUAAUAGAUGGUUUAGUAAAAAACAUUAAAGUUAUAAUAAAAAAUGCAAUUAUUUUUUUAUUCAAGUAAUUUACUUAAAAUAAAUUAUCAUUAUACUUAUAUAUACAACAUACUAAAUGUUUGUAAUGUAAGAGAAAGAAUAGCAAAAUGUAUAAUGCUUGAAUUGUUAUUUAAAAAAAAAAAACUAUUAUUUAAAAUUUUCAUUUGAUUUUUUAAGUUCCUAUAAAUUUUAAUACAAAAUUAUUCCGAAUCGCUUCCAUCAUUAUAAUCAUCAUCUGUAUAUCCACAUUUUAUAUUAUGGUGUAAUUGGUUUAAUUGUAAUGCAUUUUUAAUAGCUAUAUUUGAAGACAAAUCUUUGGCUGUGAGAUUAUCAUUAUUUUUUAUGAAUGGAUCAGCACCAUUUUUAAGUAAUAAAUUUACAACAUCUAAAUGUCCAUGAUUUGCUGCAAUAUGUAAUGGGGUUUCUCCCAUUUUAUUCUGAAAUCAAUUAUGAAAAAAUCAUUUUGUUAUGUUGCAAUUUAAUAAUUUAAUACGAUCUGAAAAUAUGAUAUACUUGUGCAUUAAUCGCAGAAUUUGGUAAAGAGAGGAGUUCUUUUACACAAUCAAUAUGACCAGUACAUGCUGCCCAAUAUAAUGGUGUAUUGCCUGCUGCAUCUAAACCAGUUCCUGAUACCCCUUGUUUUAAAUAUUCCUUUAAAAAGGAUAUAUUUCCACGUCUGGCAGCUUCGUGUAAUGGCAAUAAGAUCUCUUGCAUUUGUUCUUCAACUGGAAAUGAAUAUAAAAAAUAAAAGGGAUCUGUAUUAUAAUAGCAUUAUUGAAAAUAAUUCUAACCAUAAUUAACAGGUAUAAGGCCUUCACGACUUCCACAUUUAGCUUUCCACCAAUUACUGUCUACGUCUUUUUCAUAAACAUAAAGUAUAUCUCCUUCAUCGAAAGAUAAUUCAUCUGCCUAUAAGAAGUAAAUAUAACAUUCUAAUGAUUUAACCAUAAUAGAAAAUAACUUUUAAUAUUACAAUAAAAAAUAUUUACUUA